UCUCUCUGUCUCCUCUCUCUCUCCCAUCUCCCAGAGGAACACCAUUCAGCUGCCUCCCAAGAACUUGCCCAUGCGUUUCGACGGACCAAUAAUCUCGGGUCUUGAUCCUAGCAUGGAAGGUGUUUCGCUGAAGGAUGGGUUGUUUAAAUGUACCAUUAGGGGAGUGUACUUCUUUACCUAUCAUCUGUCUGCUAAGAACCUGGUCUGUCUUAGCCUGAAGAAGGGGACAGAGACCAAGGUGGGGUUCUGUGAUUCGUCGAGUGGUUUCCUGGUGACGUCUGGGUCGGUGGUGCUGGAUCUGAUCGAGGGAGACGUGGUGUCACUACAGCCCACCGAUAACAACGCCAUCAUCACUAAAGACGAACGAGCCGACAACACCUUCACCGGCUUCCUGAUCUUGCCAACCACAUGAAACCACACAGAACCACACAGAACCACACGGAACCACACAGAACCACACAGAACCACAUGAAACCACACAGAACCACACAGAACCACACGGAACCACACAGAACCACAUGAAACCACACAGAACCACACAGAACCACACGGAACCACACAGAACCACACAGAACCACAUGAAACCACACAGAACCACACAGAACCACACGGAACCACACAGAACCACACGGAACCACAUGAAACCACACAGAACCACAUGAAACCACACAGAACCACACGGAACCACACGGAACCACACAGAACCACACGGAACCACACUGAACCACAUUGAACCACAUUGAACCAGCUCAAACCAGAUUCAACCAGAUCUAAUCUCGGUUACCCAGAAGUAAAAUUUUCGUGAAAGUUUGUCACUUCCUGUUUUACUUCAAUUUUGAAUUUGUAGGUGUGGUAUCUAGCGGAAACCUUUUAUCAUCCGCACACGGGUUUGAAAUCUCAGCCACAGUUUAUUAAGCACCGCUUUCUCCCAAUCCUGAUUCUUUCAAAUAAUCGAUGAUGAAAACCCCACACCAGGAACUACUGCUGCUCGUAAUCACAUAAUUCUCGUGAGCCUUGACAGAUUGUUGCCGUUUUACACGCAGAAUCUGUCCACGAGAGAUUAAACCAGAUCACACCUGCUGAAACCAGCUUCCUGCUCUUCCACACCACAUAAAAUACAUAUCAUAGCCACAUCAUUCUGCUCUAGAAGCAUCUGCAGAACAACCAACCAUCUCUGUGUCUGUUUCUGCCUCCAUGUCUAUACUGCUGCUGCUUGCUGAGACGGUUCAUCAAUCAAUCAUUCACUCAAUCAAUCAUUCAAUCAAUCAAUCAAUCAAUCAUUCAAUCAUUCACUCAAUCAAUCAAUCAAUCAUUCAAUCAAUCAUUCACUCAAUCAAUCAUUCAAUCAAUCAAUCAAUCAUUCAAUCAAUCAUUCAUCAAUCAAUCAAUCAAUCAAUCAAUCAUUCAAUCAAUCAAUCAUUCAAUCAAUCAAUCAAUCAAUCAAUCAUUCAAUCAAUCAAUCAUUCACUCAAUCAAUCAAUCAAUCAAUCAAUCAAUUAAUUUUCCCAGGUCGUUGUUGUAAAUGAGAACAUAUUCUCAGUCAACUCACCUGGUAAAAUAAGGAAUACAUUUCAUAUAAAUCAAAUAAUUAAUCAUGUAUUACAUCUGCUGAGCUGCCUACCAAAACUAAAAGAUACCAUUUUGGAAAUGAAUUUUCAAUCAAUAAAAUUAUUUGUUACCA